ACAAGGCAUUUUGAACCAAGAAAAAAGGAAGAUGGGGUGGUUUAUUAAGGAAAGAAGAGGAGGUUCAUGGAAGCGAGGAUUGUUAGAGGAAACACUACUGACUUCAUCAGCACCUCCUCUUACACUACUAGCUCUCUUCGCGAUCAUAUCUUUGCUUCUCUUCCUCUCUUCAUACCCGCGUUACAAGUACGAGGUUAAGAAAACCGCGGCUAAUAUCAAGCUCUUCAUGCUUUUCCUCCCAAUUCUCUUUGUCUUCGUCCUCGUAUCUCUAAGCUUUGUCCAUGGACUUCUGUUUAAUUCAUCUUACUCUGUGAGAGCAAGCCAGGCUAAGUCCCUUUUUGGAGAAGGGAACUUUCCUUGGGGAGUUUCGCUUAUGCUAAUACUUCUACUUCUUUUGGUUUCUAAACAAUCUUACUUUCACUCCUUAUGGUACCCGACUAUGUAGUUUUGACCGUCAUAUCAUUUCAUUUAUUGUCUUCAAAUGUAAUCUUUAGAUUGAUCAUUGCUUCUUUAAUCCAUAUUAGAAUCUACACACAUGUAUAAGAUAUUUUGAGUAUAACUGAUGAUUGCAUGUGUUGUAAGUAUUGUUUAUAAAAUAAUCGAUGGUUCAUAUC